CUCUCUCUCUCUCCGCAUACCAUUCCUCUGCACAAAAGUCUCGCAAGUCCACACGGUGAUUCUGUUUCCUCGCAAGUCACUGAAAACUCUGAGGAAGCUCCAUGUCUUCUUGGUCUCGAAGCUAUCAUCGCCAGUCUCUUACCUAAAAAGAUUCGACCAUCGCAUUUGCAAGUAAUUCUGCUGUAAUAUUCAUUCUCAUAUAUAUUUUGUAUCAAGCUCAAUCUCACACUCAUAGUUUAAUCUUCAUUGAGAAAAGGGGAAUAAUGCAAGUUUUUUCAAAAAUCUUAAGGACGCUUUGGAACCUAUGGGAGCUCCGUGCACUGGUUCUACUCAGCCUCUCCUUACAGAUUAUACUUAUCAUCUUCAGCAACCGGAGGAAGUACAGCAAGGGGAAUUUGAUCAGAGCCAUUAUUUGGCUCGCAUACUUAUCGGCUGAUUGGGUUGCAACAGUUUCGCUUGGUGUCCUCUCCAAUGGUCAGGGAGAUAAUUCCCAGGAUGAUCAAAGCUACGUGAUAAUGGCAUUCUGGGCACCUUUUCUUCUCUUGCACCUUGGUGGCCCAGACACCAUUACUGCUUAUGCCUUGGAAGAUAAUGAAUUGUGGCUCCGACACUUGCUUGGCCUUAUUGUCCAGGUAGGGGUGGCAUUUUAUGUCUUUGUUCGAUCAUUAAAGCCUUCUCAACUCAAUUUUGCUGCCAUUCCGAUAUUCGUAGCUGGGUGUAUCAAGUAUGGGGAGAGAACUUGGGUUCUCUGGUCUGCUAGCAGCCAGAAUUUCAGAGAGUCACUGCUCCCACGUCCAGAUCCAGGCCCUAACUAUGCAAAAUUCAUGGAAGAAUAUAUAUUGAAAAAAAGCGAAGGGUUUGUAUUAUCAUGGGAUGCAACCCAAGUUUCUCAUGAUGAGGCUAAUAACUCUGCAGCUACAAGAGAAAGGCUUUCAGAUGUGGUCAUUUUGAAUGCUGCAUAUGACUUCUUCCUCAUAUUCAGGCGGUUGUUUGCAGAUCUCAUCCUCAGCUUCCAAGAUCUUGAGAAAAGCCUACUAUUUUUCCGGGACAUUUACUGGGAAGAUGCUUUCAAAGUGAUAGAGGUGGAGCUCGGAUUCAUGUAUGAUGUCCUCUACACAAAGGCCCCAACUAUUUAUUCCUUAUGGGGUGUUGCUCGUCGUUUCACCUGCAUACUUUCGACUACCACAGCUUUACUAGCCUUCUGCAUCAUUGAUUGGCAUAAAUACUUGCUGGUUGAUGCGAUCGUAACCUUUUUCUUGCUGGUUGGAGCCAUUGGCUUAGAGAUCUAUGCAAUUCUUCUCUUGCUUUCCUCAGAUUGGACAUCUCGCUGGUUGAGUAAUCAUUGGUCGGGCAAGCCUAACAAUUGGCUUAGAUUUAUAACCAGCAAAAAGAAGUGGUCUAAUUCCAUGGCGCAGUACAAUCUGUCAUGUUCUUGCUUGAAAUCUGAACCAACCAUUUGUUGUAAAAUCCUGAAGCUUGCUUGCAUACACAGAACUAUAGAGACUUACCUGUCUGGGAAUUCAGAAGAUGUUCCUCAGUAUUUAAAAGAAUCCAUUUUCAAACAGCUUGCAGGGAGGUCUAGGAGAGCCCCACAAUUCGGAGUUCGCAAGGAAUUGUGUGCUUUAAGAGCGGACCAGGUACUUCAACAGGAGAAUUGUAAACAUGAACUUGGUUGGAGCUUUGACUUUGAAUUUGACCAUAGCAUUCUUCUCUGGCACCUUGCCACGGAUCUGUGCUAUUUCUGUGAUAUUGAGAGUGAUGGAAAAGAUCCACGGAUUAGUAGCAAAUUGUUAUCAGAUUACAUGAUGUACAUUCUAGUGAAGCGUCCUUAUAUGCUGCCCAAUGGAAUUGGGCAGAUCAGGUUUCAGGACACCUGUGCUGAGGCCAUGGAGUUUUUUCAAGAAAACAAAAUCACCAUUUUUAAUGAAGAUGCUUGUCAGAAAUUGCUUAAAGUGGAAAUCAUAAUUCCACCAUCUGAGAUCAAAGGAGAUCGAAGUAAGUCCGUGUUAUUUGAUGCGUGUAAGCUUGCAAAAUGUCUGAGAUCAAUGGAAAGAGAAAAACAGUGGGGAAAACAACAAAAAUGGGAGAUUAUUAACCAAGUAUGGGUGGAGAUACUUUCAUAUGCAGCUAAUCAGUGUAGAUGGAAUCACCAUGCUCAGCAGCUUAGACGUGGAGGAGAGUUGUUGACUCAUGUAUGGCUUUUGAUGGCACACCUUGGUAUAUCUGAACAUUAUCAAAUAUCACAAGGUCAUGCCAGAACCAAACUGGUAGUGUUAUAAGAAACAAUAUCUGGAGAGGAGUUGUGAGAUUUGUAACGUUGGAUGUUGUGUUUAAUUUUAGAGUUAAUUGCAAUUAAGAUCCUCAAACUCCGUGUUUAGUGUCUCAAUUAUUGAUUUAAAUCCAUAGCUCCCUUAACUACAAGCACACUUGCGAUACUUUGCACAAAGCGUG